UUCACAUUAUCUUCCACAUCUCAUAAGCCAGAUCACCCACAGAGGAACUAAUUUCUUUUCAGAAGACAGAAUGAAUAAAUCCUCCUGUACUCGCAUCAGCUUUGACUUUGAACACAGAUUCCUGCCUCCUGUUUUCAUCUUAGUCUUCAUCAUUGGUCUGCUAGCUAAUGGAUGGGGAUUGAAGUCUUUGCUGCAGAAAUGGAAGAAACUGGGUAUCGUUAAUGUGUUUGUUCUCAAUCUUGGACUUGCUGAUAUUCUGUACCUGCUCACACUCCCCUUUUUGGUGGUGUACUACUUUAUGAAGAGCAAGUGGAUCUUUGGAGACGCAUUCUGCAAGAUAACACGAUUCUGCUUCAACCUGAAUUUAUAUGGCAGCAUUGGGUUCCUUACAUGUAUAAGUGUGUACAGGUACCUGGCUAUUGUCCAUCCAAUGAGAGUGAUGGGAAGAAUAACGGUCACUCACUCUGUGGGGAUCUCAGUCAUGGUUUGGUUCUUGGUGAGCGUUCAAAGUCUUCCGGACAUGUUCUACAGCAAAACAUUUGGAAACAAGCCUGGGAAAUGUUAUGAUACUACCCAUAAGAUAUAUGUGGAUGAUUACCUGAAAUACAGCCUUGGAUGGACAUUCACUGGGUUUUGUAUCCCAUUGCUCAUCACACUGGGCUGCUAUGGACAUGUGAUUGUCAUUCUCUGCAGCACAAAUACCACUGACAAGGUACUGAAACAGAGAUGCUUAAAGUUGUUGUUCAUUCUGAUUCUUCUCUUCUCUGUUUGUUACAUCCCCUAUCAUGUACUGAAGAACCUCAACCUCUGGUCAAGAGUUCUGCAAAAACAGAAGAUAUGCCGUAAAUGGUCUAAUGGAGUCUACAUUGCUCAUCAGAUAAGUCGUGGCCUUGUGUGUCUGAACAGUGCUCUCAACCCUCUGGUUUACCUCCAUGGAAAUGAAGAUAUUCCUGCUCAGCUCAGACAGCUGCUCCAGCAAGCUCGUCGGAUGUCCGGCCGGUUGUUUCGGUCAAACUCCGGCUCUGUGCCUGUGGCUCAAACUGCAGAUGAAGUUCACCAAGAGUUAGGAUUUUAACAUGAACUAUAGUAAUAAAUAUAUAGCUAUCAUCACAACUACUACUGUGAAUUGAUUACAAUGUAAAUUAAAUCUUCAGUCUUUUUCUUAUGAGUUGCUUUCUUUGCCUAAAAAAAUAGUUUUGCUGUACAUCUGUGCUGUGAUCUUAGUGUUUCAUGAUGUGAUAACCAUAUGCUAAGUCAUCCAAAUAAAGGAAGUUAAG